CCGAUUCUGCUCUUCUUCUUCCCGCUGCAGCCGAACAAAGCCCCCAACCUGCCGGCGACUUCCUCCCUUGAAAAACCGGUAAAGCUUGAUGAUUUUCCCUUAUUUUCUCGUCCAAGAACCUGAUUUAGAACCCAGAAAUCUUCCCCCCUGCUAGAAAAGCCGGAUCUGCUCUGCUCUGCUCUUCUGCCCUUGUCCGCCGGCUGCUCUUGUUGUGGGUGCAAAUUCUGGGCAUUUUUCGAACCCGUGAGCUUCUUCUCCAAAUUGCCGCCGGCUUCUCUUCCCCCUACAGCUCCAGUUUUAGCUGGAAAAUUCUGGUUCCUGAUCGUUCUGUCAGUUAGCAUUGAGAUUGAGUGCUCGGUUUUAUGCAAGUGAGGUAAGUAAAUUUAUGGUAAUGCCCGUACUGUUUUUAUAAGCAUGUUUUGAUUUGUUUUUGAAGUGGUGGCGAGACUAAACCCGUUUUACACGAAUUAAUACAAAAAAUAAAAAAUAAAAAACAGAAAUGGAAGUGCAAAAGUCAGAGAAAGAGAACAUUCACGUUUUGCAUAUCAAGGCUAAAAACGCCUACUAUAUUGGAACAAAGGGAGUACUGAAUGCAAGAAGCUCCUCCGUUGUCUUCAACCUUUGACACUUUCAUAUCAAGUGAACAAGAGAAAGAGCUCGUCUUGGUAGAUUAAUUUGAGGUUUUCUUUGCAUGAUAAUAGAUUUUGUAUUAUUAUUAAAUCAAAUAAAGAAUCACUUGCAAA